AUGAGUGAGACCCCAUCGGAGCCUGCGACGUCGCCUGCUCUCGAUGCUGCCACAACUGCGAAGGAAAGUCGCGCCGGCUUGUCACCGUUGAUGACGUCUACGCCAUCCGUGCAGAGCUACCUGCCGCCUCCCAUGCCGCGGCAUGUUUCCAAGGACAGGCUUUCACAAUACUCCGCUACCUCCGCGCCAUCGAGGUCACGACCGCAGUCGCAUCUGGUCCCAGCCUAUCCGUCAAGCCUUCCGUAUGCUCAGGUGCGCGACUUUGCGUAUCCGACGUCGCACCUUCUGCACUAUGGCCCUCCGCUGGAACCGUCGGGUCCUCCUUCUGGUAGGUCCACUCCUGCGGACGAGACCAGCGGACUGCCCGAAUCCCCGGCGUCGUGGGAUUCCUGGAAGGUAGACGGAUUCAACCGUGGCCACGAUAUCGAGCCCAUCGAGUUCGGGGAUGGGCCUCCGUAUAGCGAGGAUGAGGACCUGCAGAGCCCCGUAGUUGCGACGCGCCACCGGAGGCACAAGUCAUCUUCGGCUUCCAACACUGUCGGCAGACCUCUGAGCGGGCGCAGUGACGAUGCGCAGGGGUCGAGUUUCAUGCGACGGUCCAACUACGACGACGAGAGAGGGUACUACGUCGGAACGUCUGGGGAUGGCGCCGAGCGAUACUACGUCAACCAAGGCGAGGAAGCAAACGGCCCAGGCGGGGAGGUCGUCACGUAUCCGCCAGAUCAGGCGCGGCGUCGACGGUCGUACCCGUACCCAGAACCGGUCAACAGCGGCGAGGGGUACGGAUUGCCGGAUUCCGGCUCUCCCUCAUCGACCGAGUUCGAAAACGCGGACGAGUCUCGCUACUCGAGAGAUUAUCAAUUCACCAUCACGUCGCCAGAUGAGGAGUUUCACGGAAAGGCAGUCGCCCUGUUCGACUUUGAAAGGGAAAACGAGAAUGAGCUGCCAUUGGUGGAAGGGCAAAUCAUAUGGGUCUCAUAUCGCCACGGCCAGGGAUGGCUUGUCGCGGAGGAUCCCAAGACGCAGGAGAACGGGCUGGUCCCGGAGGAAUACGUCCGGCUGCUGCGGGACAUUGAAGGGGGCAUGAACAGCCUCAUCAGCCAGCCAGCGGAGGGCCCCAUGUCUCCAAACGAAGCUGGAACGCCGACGCAGGCGGAGCAUGGUGUCCAGGAGGGCCACCGGCACACCUCGAGCAAUCCGACCAAUGGAUAUCAUCAGCCGGUCGUGUCCGUCUUCUCCACCUCCAGCAAGGACCUUAAUCCGUACCCUACCGAGCAGCUCGGAAUUCAGGCGGGCCAAACGCCGCCUCAAGUAAUUCACUACCACGGUCAGAGGGGGGGCAGCCAGACCAGCACGCCCACGAUGGCGCAGUACACCGACCCGGAAAUCACGAGGAGCGACAGCCAGGAUCUGGGCAGGAGAGGGGAUCCAGAAUCCCCAGUGAAAUCCCCUAUCAAGUCCCCGGUCAAGCAUGUGUCAAGUCCAAAGGCGACAGGACCCAAACGCGAUGUUGAAGCAGGCAAGGGCGUUGGCAGGUGA